AUGACGCUACAAAAUCUUGGUUUGUUUCUCCACCAUUGCGCCAAAGCCAAGGCAUUAAGACGUGGGGUUUCGCUCCACGCUGCAGCUAUCAAGACAGGAAGACUAGCAGAAACCUCCAUGUGCAAUCACAUUCUCAAUUUCUACGCCAAAUGUGGACUUCUUCACCCGGCCCACCAGGUGUUCGACGAAAUGCCCCACAGAAAUUUGGUUACCUGGUCCGCCUUGAUAUCUGGCUAUAACCUUUGGGAUACCCCCCACAAAGCGCUUCAACUUUUCAGCGAAAUGCACAAGCAUUUUAAGCCCAAUGACUCGGUGUUCUCGAGCGCUCUUAGCUCUUGCGCCCGCUCAAGGGACUUGAAUCUCGGGCAGCAAAUUCAUGCGCUCGCCUUGAAGCUGAGCUAUUGUUCCUUUAGUUUCGUCGUUAAUUCACUGCUUUUGGUGUACAUGAAAUGCGGCAUGUGUGCUGAUGCAUUAUCCGUUUUUUGCGAUAGCAACUUUGUUCAGCCAACUCUAGUUUCCUACAACAUUGCAAUCACUGGGCUAGUGGAAAGCAAGCUCCAAGAGAAGGGAAUGGAGUUGUUUGUGGAAUUGCUUAGACGGGGGCUGCUUCCUGACCGGUUUAGUUUCGCAGGAUUAUUAGGGGCUGGUGAAACCGUAUAUGGUUUAUCAACGGUCGUGCAGCUACACUGUCAAAUGGUGAAGCUCGGGCUUGACUGCACCUCAUUUUCUGGGAAUGUUUUGAUUACACUCUACUCCAAGUUUAGUUUGUUUCAAGAAUCCGACAGGGCGUUCAGGUGUAUUGGAGAAAAAGAUGUUGUUUCAUGGAAUACUGCUAUUGCUGACUGUUGCCGCUGUGAGGAUCAUUCAAAGGCUCUGGAUGUUUUCAGAGAGAUGAACACGACUCCAGAUGAUUACACGUAUGCUAGCGUGCUCUCCGCGGCUGCUAGCAUGGCUUCCGUGAGAAUCGGCAAGGAGAUCCACGGCCGUCUGAUGAGGACAGGGCCGGAUUGGGAUGUUGGUGUCGGAAACGCACUUGUCAACAUGUAUGCUAAAUGUGGAUACCUUACCUCAGGACACACCGUGUUUGAGCGAAUGGAGACUCGUAAUCUUGUCUCUUGGAACACCAUGAUUGCUGCAUUUGCGAAUCACGGGCAGGCUGAGAAAGGGAUGGCAGUGUUGGAGGAGAUGAAGAGGACGGGGGUGGAGCCGGAUUCCAUCACAUUUCUUCAACUCCUGAGCGCUUGCAGCCAUUCGGGGCUUGCUGACGAGGGGCGAGUGGUGUUGGAGUGUAUGAGCAGAGCUCACGGAAUAGCCCCUGAAAUGGAGCAUUUGUGCUGCGUGGUUGAUGCAUUGGGGCGAGCUGGGAGGUUGAGCGAGGCUGAGGAAUUUAUAUAUAGUCAUAAAGGCGUGAGUGAUGAUGAAGUUGUUUUGGGAUGUUUGCUUUCUGCAUGCCGACUGCAUGGAGAUGAAGGUGUUGGGGAAGGGAUAGCUAAGAGGCUCAUCAAAGAUGAUGAUGUCGCAGUUGGAGGUUGGCCUUACGUUCUGUUAUCCAACUUAUACGCAAUGAAUAGCAAGUGGGAUGGUGUUUUAAGGGCGAGAAGAUUGGUGGGAUUGGGAAAGGAGGCUGCUCGCUCUACUCUCAUCCACAUUUCCAAAUCAUGAGUCUCUAACUUAUCAAACGCAGCGUUCAACCUCCAAAUUAAUACAACUACUUUUUUUUUUUUUUUGGUUAAUUGCAUAUAUAAUAUCACAAACUUUGUUCGAAAUCCAUUUUCCCCACAAUCUAUAAAAUUUUCAUUUUUUAUCAAAUACUUUGACAUAGCAAUGAUGUGGAUUUAAUUUUACACAUAACACUGACGUGGAAUAUAUAUGAAUGUUAAAUUAUGCAUAUAAUACUAAAUAAUAAUAAUAAAAAACCCUAAUUUCUUCUAAUUUCUCAUUUUUUUUUUCAGGCAAAAUGAAAUCAAUUGCUUUUGGUGCUAGAAAAAAACGCUUUCUUUCCUUCCUACCACCUCUGUCGAAGGGUUCCUCUCCAAAUUGCUCGUCGAUUGCUUCGUGUCGCCGAUUCCAAACCAGUGGCGCGACUGCUCGCUGAUUAGCGCCGAUUGCUUCUUGUUUCCAGUCUUCCAAACCAGUGCGUCGAUUGCUGGCGCCGGUGCUUCCUGUAUCCAGUUUUCCAAAUUAGUGUUUAAUUUCUUGAAGAGUUUGAGAAUGAUUCUGUUUCUGCUUUGAAGAGUUUAGUUUCUGUGAUGAUUUAAUGAUUGUGUUUCAUAUAUGCAAAGUAAGAUUGUGAAGUUAGCGAGGAUCUAUCUGUAGCAAUAUUGCUAAUUUUCAAAGUAAGAUUAUGUUGUUAGUUUGGAUUUAUAGAAUUUUCAGUUUGUU